GUCUGGGCUGAGACCCCAGACUCUGGGGCCUCCGCAAGUGUCGGAAGUGAAGACUGACAAGUGAUGGUGUCCUCGGGGCUGAUCAUCGUACCAUGGAGUUUGAUUGGGGAGAGCGGCAGCACGAUGGCCGGCAUCAGGACCUGCGAGUUGCAAGUCUUAGGGGUAUAAGUUAGCUACACUCCCCUUCGUCGGGAGCGUUCUCAGAAGUCCAUUUCAACCCUCCUUUUUCUUCCAAUCUCUUGAAUCACAUUGCUCCCAAGAUGGCUUACACCAUGGAGCUGACUCCAUAUACCAUGACCAUGGGUGGUCUCAAAGGUCUCCCUCUCCAGCUUGCUGUUGCAUCCAUCGCGACAUGCGCGUUCUGGCUGUUUGGUUAUGACAUGAGUGUAAUGGGUGGGGUCAUCACCGAGGAACCGUUCCUCAAGGUCUUUCCAGAGACAAGAAAUGCAAACACCCAGGGCAUCGUCAUCGCUGUCCUCGAACUCGGCGCUUUCUUUGGUUCCAUCCUCUGUAUGAUGUAUGGUGACCAAUUUGGACGCCGUGCCAUUGUUUGGAUGGGUAUGGGCUGCAUGCUCGUCGGCGGAAUCUUGCAAACAACCGCAUUCCAUGUCGUACAACUCGCUAUAGGACGUGUGAUCUCGGGUCUCGGUCUGGGUCUUCAAGUUGCAACGGUGCCAACUUGGCAAUCCGAAUGUGCCAAACCGAAAGCUCAAGGUAAAUGGGUCAUGAUUGAAGGAGGAUUGCAAACAACCGGUGUUGCAUGCGGCCAAUGGAUCGGAUAUGCAUUCUUCUUCACCAAGGGCGAAAUGCAAUGGAGAAUGCCAGUCGGUAUACAGCUCAUCCCGGCUGCAAUUGUCUUCUGCUUCAUCAUGUUCCUUCCAGAAUCCCCCCGUUGGUUGAUCAUGCACGGCAAGAUCGAACAAGGCACAUACAAUCUCUGCAAGCUUCGCGGUCUUGAAGAGAAUGACCCGGUCCUGCAAGCUGAGCUCGAAUCAAUCAUCAACUCCAACGAGUCCCAGGACUCAGAAGAACCCUUCCGUUACAGAGAAUUGUUCCAGAAUGGAAAGACACAGACGUUUCGACGUAUGUGUCUCGGCUUCUUCAUCCAAGCCGCACAGCAACUUUCUGGCAUCAACCUGGUUUCCACUUACGCCAACCAGAUCCUUGGUGAUUCUUUUCAACUCUCACCUGCCAUGUCGCAUUUGAUCGCAGCCUGCGGUGGUAUUGAAUACGCAAUCUGUUCCGUCCUAUCCGUCUUCCUCAUCGAAGGCUUGGGUCGACGAAAAGCCCUCCUCUUCACAACCACUGGUAUGACGGCUUCCUUCAUCGUGAUUCCCAUUCUUCUAUCCACCGGUCAGCGCGACAUGCGACUCGCCGCCGCCGGUCUUCUCUUCCUCUUCAACACCUUUUUCGGUCUUGCUUGGGUUGGUGGACCCUUCCUCUACUCCGCUGAGAUCGCACCCCUUCGCUCCCGAGCGCAGAUCAACGGUAUUUCUGCUGCCGCCAACUGGAUAUUCUGCUUCAUCGUCGUGAUGACCAUCCCCACAUCCUUCAAGAACAUUGGCUGGAAAACAUACAUCAUCUAUGCCGUUUUGAACGCAAGCUUUAUUCCAAUCAUCUAUUUCUUCCUUGUCGAGACGAAAGGAAGAUCACUGGAGGAGCUUGAUGUCAUUUUCGCCGCACCGGGUGACCCAGUGAAGAACGAGAAGAGGAUGCCACACAACCUUUCGAUUGCUGAGGCAAGAACAAUCCUGGGCCUCGAGGACUACGAGAUGAAGAGUGAUGUAAAGGAGGCGCCAAGUGAGGUCAGAGUUGAGGAUCAAAAGACGGUUGAUUUCUCCUGAGAUGUAUUACAUAUUGAGCACCUUCACAUAUCAUCUACAGUCUUGCUGGGAAUCUAGAAACUGCAGCAACGUGGUCGAUGUUGAAAAGACCUUUGAAACCGGGGCAGCCAGACUAGGCUACGGAGACGUUUCAGUAAAAUCAGAGGUCGGCCAUCAGGGUGCAACAGCAGAGACCAUAGAGCCAUACGUCUUGGUCUUUGCCGAUCCGAGUAUGAGGAAUGCCCAAAUAGGAGCUUCGCCUUCUCCAGGGUAUCCGGGGACGCUGGUAUCAGGGUCGAUACUAUAGUCUGGAUAGAUUCAAAUCAGUUGCCCUUC